UCAGACAACAUUGCAUGGUCCAGUAUAGGUUUAGUUAGCGUUUUAUCACGUAUUUUGGUUAUUUAACAAAAAAUAUGGUUAAGAGGUUUAGUCACGGACUUUGUAAUAGUGACGACAGGUAUCCUGAAAGGCUAGUUGGUGGAGUUCGAUUCGUACCCUUUCCAAAACCGAAGACCCAGUACGAAAAAUGCCUUCGAUGGAUCAAACUUUGUGGAAUACCGCAUCAUCAACUAAAUCCAUCUAAUAUCAACCGGAACACAUAUGUUUGCACAAAGUCGCAUGGAUGCAGCAGACAUGAGCAGGAGGAGGAGGACGAGGAGGAGGCGGGACAAGCUCAGUCAAGUUCAGAUCAGCAAGGAGCCGGCAAAUCCACACUAGCGCUCCCGGACAAGCGACGUGACAACAGUUCCACUUGUCUUCUCUCAUCAAAUUGAACUGAACUGAUUCCCGAAGAAAGGUGAAGGACAGCAGCAAAAAAAAAAAAAAAAAAAAAAAAAAGACAGAUGAGCGAUGUAUCCAGCUGUAAAAUGGACUUUGCUGCUUCUUUUUGGAGGUUUGGUGACACAAGACUGCCGUGCAUCUAAAGCAGAAGACCGCCUCUUCAGAAAGCUUUUCAGGAGGUACAACCAAUUCAUCAGACCAGUGGAGAACGUCUCGGACCCAGUCACGGUGGAGUUUGAAGUCUCCAUCUCACAGCUGGUGAAAGUUGAUGAGGUCAAUCAGAUCAUGGAAACAAAUUUGUGGCUCAGGCAUAUCUGGAAUGAUUACAAGCUGCGAUGGAUGCCAGACGAGUUUGAUGGAAUCGAGUUCAUUAGAGUUCCAUCAAACAAGAUCUGGAGACCCGACAUCGUUCUCUACAACAACGCUGUUGGGGAUUUCCUGGUGGAGGACAAAACCAAAGCACUGCUGAAGUUUGACGGAACCAUUACCUGGAUUCCACCCGCAAUUUUCAAAUCCUCCUGCCCUAUGGACAUCACCUACUUCCCAUUCGAUUAUCAGAACUGCUCAAUGAAGUUUGGUUCGUGGACUUAUGACAAAGCCAAGAUUGACCUGGUACUUAUUGGGUCUAAGGUCAACCUCAAAGACUUCUGGGAGAGUGGCGAGUGGGAGAUCAUUGACGCUCCAGGCUACAAGCAUGACAUCAAGUAUAACUGCUGUGAGGAAAUCUACCCGGACAUCACGUACUCCUUCUACAUCCGCCGCCUGCCACUCUUCUACACCAUCAACCUCAUCAUCCCCUGCCUCCUCAUCUCUUUCCUCACAGUGCUGGUUUUCUAUCUCCCAUCUGACUGUGGAGAGAAGGUCACGCUCUGUAUCUCCGUCCUGCUCUCCCUCACUGUGUUUCUACUCGUUAUCACCGAGACCAUUCCCUCCACAUCUUUGGUCAUUCCGCUGAUUGGAGAGUAUCUGCUCUUCACCAUGAUCUUCGUCACACUCAGCAUUGUCAUUACGGUUUUCGUACUGAACGUGCACUACCGCACUCCCAUGACGCACACCAUGCCCGCUUGGGUGCGCUUAGUCUUUCUUAAAGUGCUGCCGAGGCUUAUGUUGAUGCGGAGACCAACUGAUGAAGACAGCAAGGCCGGAGGGAUGGAGAGCAGUGGGGAGGCAGGAGGAGCUGGAGGGGGAGGAGGAGGCCGAGGAGGAAAGAAGAGGAAGAAUAACUUGACCCAGGCUGUAGGGGGUUCCUUAAACUGUCUGGAGUUCGGGGACAAUACGUUGUCCUCCAGGGAAAGCUGUGCUGAGGUCAAAUGCUCUUGUCCCUGCAAGAAUGGGAAGGAUUGUGCUGAAUCGACGACAACUGGAAAAAAGACAUGCCAGCUGAAUCCACAGAGCAAAAAUUCACUCGUGGCCUUCUCCGUUGUGUCGCCGGAGAUUAAGCAGGCCAUCGAGAGUGUCAAAUACAUAGCUGAGAACAUGAGGAGCCGAAACAAAGCCAAAGAGGUGGAAGAUGACUGGAAGUAUGUUGCCAUGGUGAUUGACAGAAUCUUCCUCUGGGUGUUUGUGACAGUUUGUGUCCUGGGGACAGUGGGCCUCUUCCUCCAACCGCUUUUUGGAUUCGUCUCAUAACCCCUCACCAAUCAGGGUUUACUGCCACCCUGACAAGACCAUUCUGAACAAAUGAUCCAUUUGAAGACAAAAAAAAAAGGUUGACUCUAAAAGCACUCGUUGAUCAGCUCAUUUUGCUUUUUGCAGAGAGCAGCACACAUUUUUUAAUGCCUUAAUUUUAUGCCUAUUAACGCUGCAUAUUAUUUUACCACAAUUACCCCAAAACUAAUACCAUGGUAUAAUGAGGACACCCUCAUAAUUUUUUUUAUAAAUAGUUUCCAAACAAGGCAAUUAUUAAGUUAUAAACCGUCCAAAUUAUUACUGAAGCAAUAUAUGUAAUUUUAAUUUUCAGAUGAACAACAGUGUGGCCCAACAUCUGAAUUGUUCUGGCUUUUGCUGGACUUCUGCACUAUUCUACUUUUAUCAACCUAUCAUGGAGUCACCUGCGCCCAAUUUUUUUCAAGUGUAAGAUACAGUCGUAGAAAUAUCCAUCCAUCCAUUUUCUUAGCCGCUUAUCCUCACAGGGGUCGCGGGGAGUGCUGCAGCCUAUCCCAGCUGUCAAGGGGCAGGAGGGGAGGUACACCCUGAACUGGUUGCCAGCCAAUCGCAGGGCACACGGAGACAGACGACACUCACACUCACAAUCACACCUAGGAGCAAUUUAGAGUGUCCAAUUAAUGUUGCAUGUUUUUGGGAUGUGGGAGGAAACCAGUGUGCCCAGAGAAAACCCACACAGGCAUGGGGAGAACAUGCAAACUGCACACAAGGAGGGCCGGGAUUGAACCCAGGACCUCAGAACUGUGAGGCCAACGCUUUCCAGCUGCGCCGCCGUGCUGCCCUAGUACAAAUAUUAAUUACAAAAGCUGCAAUUAUUUAGAAGUUGCCAAAGGGUGAGGCAGUAGGGCUAAUUACUAUAGACCUGUUUUAGGCUGUCACAUGGAUCGGUAAAAUGCGACACAAAUAAUGCUUCAAAUGACAACUGCGAAUUUGUUGCCGGCUCUGCUGUCCUUUGUGUAUAUUGUAAUUCUUAAUUUAAUUUGCUUGAUCAAACUGCUUGUAAUCCCAUAAAGGGGAUUCUAUUUCCACUUUGCUGUAUAUAUUUUUUUUAUUGCACAUCACAAAGACACCAUGUCACACAGUGCUGUUAGAGGAAACUUCAAACUGUGCUAAAUGUCUUUGCUCAAGGGCACAUCAACUGUCUUCGGGAAGCAGAUAAACAUUUCGUUUUGUCUGUUGGACUUGAAUUGUGACCCUCAGGUUCCAAAGUCUUUCCACGUCAGCUACGGCCACCCCAAAAAUGAUUUAAAACUCACUGACUCGUUAUAUAUUUCAUAAUGAUGUUUUGUCUCAGUGGCCUUUGGGCUGCUUGACUUCUUACUACAUAAUACUGGUUUACUUCAACUGACUUGCUCUCAUACUGUGUUGCAUGUUUCUGUUUGCACAUUUAGGACAAAGUCCUAUUUUUGUUUUGAUUCCCCAUAAAAAAAAAAAAAAAAAAUUUUUUUUUCUCAAGUUUUGUAGGGUGAAAGCUGCAGGUGGCUACUAGUGUAGACUGAAUGUAUGGCAACAAUGGGGAAAUGAAAUCGCAGUGUUUUGAAAUGGUGAACUUGGUAAAAAAUUUAGAAUUCUUAACUAUCAACUGAAAUGAUAUUUUUCUUUUUUUUGUGGGUGGGAGGGUGGUGAAAUUAACUUUGAAGUAGUUUGCAUAGAAAAUAAACUUUGCCAACACCGCUGAUGGUGAAAUUAUACAUACGUAUACUGUAUCAUACUGAAUCAGAUUCAUUUAGCUGCCUGCAGUCAGAGACAAUGAUUCACACAUUUAUCGGCUUUUUGAGUCAUUUUCAUGUAGAGGUCAGUUUCAUGAUGUGCAAGCAAUUAUUGAUUAAAGGCAGACUUUCUCCUUUGUAAUUAGAAUCCAUGCGUUAGCAAAUGUUUGCUAUGAUUCAUUUUCUAGACAUUAAUUGGUUUGCCACAGUAAAUAUUACAUCCAAUCUUCUUGUUUGGUUGAUUCCAAAAUAGCACAUUACAUUUCUUAAUUAAUAUUUUCUAAUCCACUGGUUAUUUAUUCUUAUUUUCACUUGCCACUUUUGAUUAUGUACUUUUAAUGUUCUGUAAGAAGCAGCAUUCAGGAUUCACAUCGCUAUAUUGCAAUAAAAUCUGCAGUUCUGACUGCAGGGAUUACAUUUAA